AUGGCCUUGCUUAGCACAAACACCUUGAAGUCUGUUGUGUCGAAGUUGGCCAGCGAAUUGCGAAGACUGGAUUCUGAGUCCCCAGCUACCUCCAUCGUGGUCUCAAUUACGGCAGUCGUUGUGACAGUUUCAUUUGUCCGAUGGUUUCGCCGAAAGAAGUUGAAGGUCAAGAUUCUGCUGGCCGAAGAGAUUCGAAGUUCAAGAGAACGCGCUCUUGAAUAUUGUUAUCGCCCACGAGAGCUUAUGCUCAAGGGCUAUGACAAGUAUGCCGACGAGGUCUAUGGCAUGGACACAAGAGAUGGUAUCAAGGUGGAUAUGCAAGUGGACUACACAUACUUUGGAGGUCCUCCUGAAUAUGUUAUUCACGCAAUUAAAGCCAACUUGACAGCAUCGCUUCCGGCUUUUACACCAAUUUGGAACCAGAUGACCAGAGCGAACAUGCCCAAGAUUGUAGGGGAAUAUAAAGACUGGACACCCGUCGCUAUCCACGACAAGAUCCUCAAACUCAUCGGCACCAACAAUGCUCGAGUGUUCCUUGGCACCAGCGCAUGCGCCGAUGAAGAAUGGGUAGAUGCUUCAACGGGAUACGUCCUCGCCGUUUUCGACACCAUUCGUGCCCUCAAGGAAUGGCCUCCGUGGAUGCGCCCCUUCGUGUACCGUUUCCUGCCAGAGCGAGCCGCCAUCAACGGGCAGUGGGUAAAAGGCCGCGAGAGGGUCCGAGAAUGCAUGCAAGAGAGGAAGAGGAAGGGCUGGAACAUCGACAGCCCGGCUACAAUGUUAGACUACUUGAGCUCGGGGAAGGACGCUCAUAUGGAAGACGACCUGGAGAAACAGGUGCUAUUCCAGAUGACCUUGGUUGCUGUUGGUACCGUCACUACUUUCGCUUCGACUGUGCAGGCUCUCUACGAUCUUGUCAUGCAUCCCGAGUAUAUCCCCAUCCUUCGUGAGGAGGUGGAGUCUGUACCUGUUGAUGAAAAUGGUAUGUUUACGAAGCAGGCGAUUCCUGCGAUGCAAAAGCUGGACAGUUUCAUCAAGGGGAGCCAACGCCUGGCAGCGGCUGAUUUGAGCACAUUCCAACGCGCUGCUACAGCGGACAUGACACUCCCCGACGGAACGUUCAUUCCCAAAGGCACAAAGCUCGAGGUGAACACGUACUCCAUUCACCACGAUAACUCUCACUACGAGAACGCGUCCACAUUUGACGGGUUGCGAUUCUACAAGAAGCGGCAAGUUACUGGCCACGAGAACAAAUACCUCUAUAUCAGCGUUGGGAAAGACGACCUAUCCUUUGGGUAUGGCAGGCACGCUUGCCCAGGGCGGUAUCUUGGCCACCUCAAUAUUAAGCUCGCCAUGGCCGAGUUUCUACGGAAAUACGAUUUCAAGCAAGCAGGUCCCGAAGCACCCACGAAUCACGCUUUUGAAGCUCUUGUUUCGCCGGACUCCGAGUUCAAGAUUUUGAUGAGGAAUAGGAAUCAAGCCUGA